AUGACGGAUAAAAUAAUAGCUCUGCCUCAAAAAAAAUAUUACCGGCAACGAGCACAUUCCAAUCCCAUUGCCGAUCACUGUAUUGAGUACCCUACGAAGCCUGAGUUGAUGGACUGGAGUUCGCUGUAUCCGGAAUAUUUUUCUGAUAGUCAGGAUGAGAACGAACGUAAACCUGGAGUUGAAUUUGCAGAUAUUGGCUGUGGUUAUGGCGGAUUGCUGGUCACUCUGUCAGGAAUGUUUCCGGAGAAUUUAAUAUUGGGAAUGGAGAUCAGGAUAAAAGUAUCUGACUAUGUCAUGGACAGGAUUGCAGCCUUGAGAUCGCAACAUCCAGGUCAAUACCGAAAUAUUGCUUGUUUGAGGACAAACGCUAUGAAGUAUUUACCAAAUUACUUCAAAAAAGGACAGUUGAAGAAAAUUUUCUUCUUGUAUCCAGAUCCUCACUUCAAGAAGGCGAAACACAAGUGGAGGAUUAUUAACAAUACAUUACUGGCUGAGUAUGCUUAUAUUUUAGCUGAACAGGCGAUUGUCUACACAAUGACUGACGUGAAAGAUCUUCACGAGUGGAUGGUUAAGCAUUUUGUGAAUCACCCUUUAUUCGAAAGAAUUUUAGGCGAUGAAUUGGACACGGAUCCGAUUGUUCCGAAACUUUAUGAGAGUACCGAAGAAGGUCAGAAAGUCACGAGAAAUAAAGGAGACAAAUUUUUAGCUGUGUUCCGUCGAAUACCCGACAAAUUCGUACCUCAUGAUAAAAGAUAG